AUGGGAGUGUGUUAUGCAGAGGUCCAAUCCGGCGGUUAUGGGCGUGCACCCAAACCCCAGGAACUUUUCCCACAUCCUACCAGCUUCCUCUUGCAAGAUCCGAACAGGCCAGGAACCACCACCGCCAUGCUGUCUAUUCUCAGAAAAGCACGUUUGAAGGAUAAAGAGAUGCGCAUAUUAAUGCUGGGGUUAGACAAUGCGGGAAAAACGACAAUUGUGAAACGAAUUAUGAAUGAAGAUGUCACCUCUGUUAGCCCAACCCUGGGCUUUAUUAUCAAAACAAUUGAAUUUAUGGAAUACAAACUCAACAUUUGGGACGUGGGUGGGCAGAAAACAUUACGCUCCUACUGGAAGAACUAUUUUGAAAAGACUGACACAUUGGUCUGGGUCGUUGAUGCCACCGAUAAACUCCGGGUAGACGACUGUCGCGAGGAGCUAGCUGGUCUGCUUCUGGAAGAGCGACUCAUGGGAGCCAGUCUUCUGGUUUUCUUGAACAAAACCGAUGUGGAGCAUUGCAUGACCGAGGAGGAGGUACGCGAGCGCCUUGGAUUGAAUUUGAUCAAAACCCACAAGUGGACUAUUCUUCCCUGCAGUGCCAUGACCGGCAAAAACCUUCACGAAGGAUUGGAAUGGGUUGUACAGGAUGCGAAGGACCGAUUGUUCCUAUAUUAG